AUGGUUUCUAGCUUUGACAACCUGGCCCAGGCCGCUUUUGCGUCGUCCGAGGCCAUCUUCUCCAUCAACUCGCCUUCGUCACAUCCUUCGCGGGCGAUCGACCGUCUCUCGGACAAGUACACCAUCUCCAACACAUCCCCAGCCGUCACGACCCUCCAGGCCAACGCCGACCCCUUCCAAAAGAUCCAAGAGUCUGCCGCGACCAAGAAAGAGUUGACCUCCGUCCUCGCCACCUCGGAUUCCCUCCUGGCUGCCAUCCCCCAUCUCUUCAAGACCGCCUCCCAGCGCUCGGCUGUUGUUGUUCAUGUGGAGACCAAGGAGCGGGAUUCUGACAGCUCUACUACCCAACAUAUCAAUGGAACAGCAGCACCAACGAAAUCUACAGGAGGACAUAACGGAGUCCCCUCGUACGCCGAUUUGAUGGCUGUUCGUCAGACGGGAUUUGCAGUCCUGACCUCGGACAAUGCACAGGCUGCAUUUGAUUUGGCCUUGGUCGCCCAGGCCGCUGCUGUCCAGACCAGCACCCCCUUCUUGAACGCCGUCAACUCGGCUGCUGCCGGUGCCUCAGACAAGAAGAUUGUCUUGGACCACCAGCGUGUUGCCCCUGCCCUGAUCUCAGAGCAAGAUCUGAUUGCACAUCGUGAGCGUCAGUCUGCCGUGAGCGAGAUCUCGCUCUCGUCCUUGUACCUCAAGCCCCAGGAGGGUCAGCCUGCUGCUGAUUCGGCUGCUCCUGCGGCUGCCUCGGCCGAGGAGGUUUACAACAAGGUUGAGGAGUUGCUUGAUGUUCUGCAGAAGCAGACUGGCCGUUCGUACCGCCCGAUCGAGUACCAGGGCCCCGCAAACGCAAAGACCGUCUUUGUCUCCUUGGCCAUCGGCUCUUCCUCCCUUGAUCACGCCCUCAAGGCCCACCACGCCAAGGACGUCGGCCUCGUCAAGAUCCACCUCUACCGCCCCUGGUCCGAGCGCCACUUCCUCCAGGCCCUCCCCACCUCCGUCGAGCGUGUCAUCGUCUUUGAACAGUCCCCCGCUGCCCACACCGCCUGGACUCCCCUCUUCCUCGACGUCUCCGCCUCCUUCCACGCCUCUGCCGACGACAAGGCUGCCUGGGCUGGCAAGGUCCCCAAGAUCCUCAGCGCUCGCUUCCGUGGUUCCGGAGCUGAGGUCACUGAUGCCGAUGUCAAGGCUGCCCUCACCUCCGAGCACGCCAAACCUACCUUCGUCAUCAACCCUCACUUUGUUGCCCAGUCGGUUUCGUCUGCUUCUUCUCUCCAGGAAUCCGAUGUUGAUACUCCUUACAUCCAGAUGUUGAACCAGGUCUUCCAGGAUCGCCUCAACAUCGAGAACGGGCUCAAGACCGACUCUGUCUGGGGCUCUGCCCAGCAGUCGCCCGAGUUUGGUUACGGUUCCCUUGUGACCAAGGUUUCUGCCCGUGCUCGUUUCGCCGAGUUGGUCUCCAAGACUGUCCAGGAUUCCAACCUCAAGAUCGCCGAGCCCCUCCGCAAGGCCUUGACUCAGUGGCACCUCAACCGUUCCGACUCUAAGCUUGCCAAGCGCCACGGUGACGAGGUCAUUGCUCUCCUCCAGGAAGCCAAGGACAGCCUUGUCGGUUCUCUUGCCGAGAUCUCUGCCCAGUCCUCGCAGUUCGCCAAGCCCUCGCACUGGUUGAUUGGAGCUGACGCCUGGGCGUUCGAUAUCGCCAACUCGGGUGUCCACCAUGUCAUCUCGUCCAACGCCGACAUCAACCUCUUGAUCCUCGACACUGAGCCCUAUACCGCUCGCACCCAGAACCCCGAGAACCGCAAGAAGGAUAUCGGUCUCUAUGCCAUGAACUAUGGCUCGGUCUUUGUUGCCUCCGUCGCAGUCUACUCGUCCUACUCCCAGGUUCUCCAUGCCUUGAUCGAAGCCGACCAGUACCAGGGCCCCUCCGUUGUUUUGGCCUACCUCCCUCGCCCCGACGAGGAGAACGUCUCGCCCAUCACUGUCCUCAAGGAGACCAAGUUGGCCGUCGAUACUGGCUACUGGCCCCUCUACCGCUGGAACCCUGCCCUGGAGGAGAAGGGCGAGGAGGCCUUCCGCCUUGACUCUGAGCGCAUCAAGCUCGACCUCCAGCAGUUCCUUGAGCGCGAGAACCACCUCUCGUUGAUCAUCCAGCAGAACCCCGACGUUGCCCGUACUCUCACCCAUUCGAUCGAGUCCGAGGCCAAGGCCCGCGAUGUCGCCCUCAAGAAGAAGGCCAAGGAUGACUUUGCCAAGUUGAUGGGCGGUCUUGGUGGCCCCCCACUCUUGAUCCUCUUCGGUUCUGAUGGCUCCAACGCCGAGGGUCUUGCCAAGCGUUUGGUCAAGGGCGCCAAGCUCCGUAACCUCUCUGCUCGCUACUCUGCUAUGGACGAUGUCUCGAUCGAGGACCUUACGCUCGAGAAGCAUGUCAUCUUUGUUGUCUCGACUGCCGGCCAGGGAGAGUUCCCCGUCAACGCCCGCGAGUUCUGGAAGGCCCUCAGUGCCGCUACCGAGCUCGGUGUCUCCGAGACCAAGUUUUCCGUCUUUGGUUUGGGUGACUCCCAUUACUGGCCCCGUGAGGAGGAUGCGAUCUUCUACAACCGUCCCUCGAAGGAGCUCAACGCCAAGUUGAUUGAGUUGGGUGCUCAGCCCUUGACCGACCUCGGACUCGGUAACGACCAGGACGCUGAUGCCUUUGAGACUGCCUGGGCUGUCUGGGAGCCCCUCCUCUGGACCUCCCUUGGUUGUAAGCCUCUUGAGGGUGUUGUCGAGGAACCCAAGAAGUCUGCCGAUGAUGCCAUGAAGAUCGACUCGAACUACCUCCGUGGUACCAUUGCCGAGGGUCUCUUGGACGACACCACUGGCCAGCUCCGCGCCGAGGCCGACACCAAGUUGACCAAGUUCCACGGUAUCUACCAGCAGGACGAUCGCGAUCUUCGUGAGGAGCGCAAGAAACAGGGACUCGAGAAGGCCUUCUCAUUCAUGGUCCGUGUCCGUGUCCCCGGUGGUGUUGCAACCCCUGCCCAGUGGUUGGCCAUGGAUUCGAUCUCGGAUGUCACCGCCAACGGUACCUUGAAGUUGACCACCCGCCAGGCGUUCCAAUUCCAUGGAAUCCUGAAGCGCAACCUGAAGAAGAACAUCCAAUUGAUCAACAAGUCCUUGCUCGACACCAUCGCUGCCUGUGGAGACGUCAACCGUAACAUCAUGUGCAACCCCAACCCUCACCAGUCGGACUUGCACAAGCAGGUUAACGACUUUGCCACCGACUUGUCGGCCCACUUGUUGCCCAAGACUUCGGCCUACCGCGAGAUCUGGCUUGACCAGAAGCUCGUCAAGGGCGAGGCUGUCGUCGACCACGAGCCCCUCUACGGUCCCACCUACCUUCCUCGCAAGUUCAAGAUCGUCGUUGCGGUCCCACCUAGCAACGAUGUCGAUGUCUACGCUCACGACCUGGGUUACAUCGCUAUCACCAACAAGGACGGCUCCCUCGCCGGUUUCAACGUGACCGUCGGAGGAGGCAUGGGCAUGACCCACGGUAACAAGAAGACCUACCCCCGUGUCGCCGACCUCAUCGGCUUCGUCACCACCGAGCAAGCCAUCGAAACCGGUGAGAAGGUCAUGCUCGUCCAGCGCGAUUUCGGUGACCGUAUGAACCGCAAGCACGCCCGUAUGAAGUACACCAUCGACGACCGUGGCAUCGAGUGGUUCAAGACCGAACUCCAGUCCCGUCUCCCCUUCCAAAUCCAGGAAGCUCGUCCCUUCAAGUUCUUGGAUAACGCUGAUCGGUACGGUUGGACUCAGGGUCAGGACAAGAUGUGGCAUUACUGCUGUUACAUCGAGAACGGACGUGUCAAGGAUACCCCUGCCGAGCCCCACAAGACUGGUCUUCGUGAGAUUGCCAAGAUCCACAACGGCGAGUUCCGUCUGACCCCCAACCAGCACUUGAUCAUCGCCAACGUCAAGGCUUCGGAAAAGGCCCACAUCCAGUCUCUGUUGGAGCAAUACAAACUCGACAAGCUCAACUACACCGGUGCCAUGCUCAACUCCAUGGCCUGUGUUGCCUUCCCAACCUGCUCUUUGGCAAUGGCAGAAUCCGAGCGUUACCUCCCCUCGCUCGUCCAGCUCCUCGAGUCGACCAUCGAAGAAGUCGGCCUCCGGGACGAUGCUAUCACCAUCCGUAUGACAGGAUGUCCCAACGGUUGUGCCCGCCCCUACGUUGCCGAGAUUGCCUUUGUCGGCAAGGCCUUUGGCGCUUACAAUGUCUACCUUGGUGGAGGACACCAUGGCCAGAGAUUGAACAAGUUGUACAAGGAGUCCUUGACGGAACCCGAGAUCGUUGCAGAGUUGAAGCCCAUGAUUAGACGGUACGCUGCUGAGCGGUUGGACGGAGAGCAUUUCGGCGACUUUGUUAUUCGUGUGGGCAUCAUUAAGGCUACCCUCUCAGGCAAGACCUUCCAUGAUCUUUCAUAA